AUGGCAACUAGCGCUACCACCCAAUGCAUAGCCAUGGUUACAGUGCUUGUGAUGGUCUCAAGUGGCGCCAUUAUUACUGUAACUGAGUCUACUAUUCCUUGCAGCGAAGUAGCAAACAAGCUUCUGAGCUGCGUCGACUACGCACAGCACGGCGGUGAGCUGCCGGCGGCGUGUUGCAGCGGCGUGAAGGAACUGAAGGCAGAGGCUAUUACUGCAGAGGACCGACAAACUGUCUGUAACUGUAUAAAAUCACUCGCCAAGCAGAUCGGAGGGCUCAACCAAAACCUUCUGGCGACCAUUCCUGGCAAGUGCGGAGUCGACGUUGGCUACCCUAUCAGCUUCUCGGUCGACUGCUCCAA